AUGGCGCUGGGCGUGAAGGAGAGCGUGAGCGGGCGGCUGUUCCGGCUGUCGGCGGACGGCGCCGAGGAGCGCGUGUGCGGCGGCAAGGGCGCCGUGUACCUGAGCGGGCCCAAGGUGGUGCUGCGCUGCUGCGGCAAGACGAGCAUCGUGGCCACGCGCGCCACCAAGCAGAGCAUCCUGCGCCAGGGCGACGUGCUGCUGCUGGGCCUGCGCGACGCCUUCUACGCCAACGGCACGCUCACCAAGUACGAGGUCGUGGACACGGACGCGGCGCCGCCCAAGCUGGCGCUGCACGUGCUGCCCACGCGCGUGCCGAGCAUCACCAUGAGCUCGGCGGCCUCCAGCGCUACCAAAGCCAGCAAGGAGGAGGAGGAAGAAGAGAUGGCGCCGGCCAGUAGAAGACGCGGCAAGCGCACAAGGGCCAUUGUGGAGUCGGACGACGAGGCUGACGCCAGUAGCAAGAUCCAGGACUUGACGGUGGACUCGGACGUCUCGUCGCCCCGAGAGGAGGACGAUAUCUUCGAGAAGGAGCUGGAGACGUCCACGUCUGCUGCCAAGGACUGGAUGGCGGCCUUUGGACGGAAAGAGAGCAGCAGCAGCUCCAGGAGGUUCACGUACGAGCAUGGAAAUGACGACGACGACUCGGAUGAAGACGAGCAUUACUCUCGGUCCCAUGACGAGGUCGGCCAACUGCUGGAAGAGUGCGAAGAGAUCGCGCGCAAGCUGCGCAGGUCGGUGCAGAAAUGGUCGGGCAACUCGACCAAGUCGGCGCCCUCCAGCCCCUCCACGUCGCCCGCAGACGCUACGGACGAAGAGGAGUCUGCCCACAUGUCCAUCGCUUCUAUCGACGGCGGUGAUCGCCGCGUGGUGACGCAGGCGGAUAUCCCGGACAUCUGCGAGACGCUCGAACUGAAGCCGUACCAGGUCGUCGGCGUUAACUGGCUGCUGCUAUUGCACGAAAACAAGGUGUCGGGCGUGUUGGCCGAUGAAAUGGGACUGGGUAAGACGGUGCAGACGAUCUCGUUCCUGUUACUUCUCAAGUCGCUGGAGAAAUCGGAUAAAACUGCGGUCGGACCGCACCUCGUUGUUGUGCCCGCCAGUGUGUUGAAUAACUGGACGCGCGAACUGUCGUGGAUUGCGCCCAAGAUGCGUGUUGUCACGUACCAUGGAUCGAAGGACCACCGCCGCGAUUUGGAGGAAACGCUGGAUAGCGACGAUUUUGACGUGUUGCUGACUACGUACGCUUACUUUGAGCGGGAUACAUGCCAGGAGGAGCGCGCGUUCCUGCGCAGCUUCCAGUUUGGCUACAUGAUUUUGGAUGAGGGCCACAGCAUUAAGAACUCGAAUACCUCGCGAUUCAAGCGCAUUACCGCGUUGCGUGCGCGUACGCGGUUGGUGCUGAGCGGUACCCCGAUCCAAAACAAGCUGAAUGAGCUGCUGACGAUGCUCAGCUUCUUGAUGCCGCGGAUGUUUGAUCACGGUUCAGAUGAGCUGCUGAGCUUCUUUGAUGGUAACGAGCAGAAGAAGUGUGAAAAGGUCCGGAAGAUUUUGGCGCCUUUCAUCCUUCGGCGAGAGAAGAAGUACGUGCUGAGUCAGCUGGUGCCCAAGACUGUCCAUGUUGAGCUUAUCAAGGUGGGCGACGAGCAGCGCAAGGCAUACACGGGCUUGCUUGAAUCCGUCGUUAAGCGCCGAGACGCCCAAGCAGCGAUGAAGGCAGCAGCGAAGGAGCGCAAGAAAAACAAGGGAAAAGAGCACAAAGCCGACCGACGGUUGCGCGAGUUGAUGGGCAGCUACGCUACGCCACCCGGAGGCGAACCCAGCGCCAUGUCGAUCUUCACGCAGUUGCGUAAAGCUGCAAACCACCCGGUGUUGCUCCGCCGCCAUUUCGUGUCGGAUGAGGUGCUGGAGACCAUGAGCAGGUGCUUGCACCGGGCUGAGGCGUUCGGCAACCAGUGCUCAAUGAGCCGAGUCCGUCAGGAGCUUGAGUCGUACAGCGACUUUGAACUGCAUGAUCUGUGUGUGCAGUACGAAGCCAUCGAUGAGCUCCGCAAGUUGCAGUUGUCCAUGGAUACCCUGCUGGCGUCUGCCAAGUUCGAUUACUUGCGGAAACUACUUCCCAAGCUCCAAGGAGAGGGCCACCGUGUCCUAAUUUUCUCGCAGUGGACCAAACUUCUGGAUUUGAUGGAGGUGCUCAUGAGCCACAUGGAUUAUCGGUAUCUGAGGUUGGAUGGCUCCACCGACGUGCAGGAACGACAAGGGCUCAUCGAUACGUAUAACGAGGACAAAGGCAUCUUUGUCUUCUUGUUGUCGACGCGUGCUGGCGGGCUCGGAAUUAACUUGACAGCAGCAGACACAGUCAUUCUGCACGACUUGGAUUUCAACCCGACCUCGGACGAACAGGCCUGCGAUCGUUGCCACCGCAUUGGACAGACGAAGCCUGUGUCCAUUUACAAGCUCGUGUCCGAGAAUACGGUGGACCACGACAUCUACAAGCUGGGCGAGUCUAAGACGGAACUCAACCACAAAAUUCUGGACAAGCUCAAUGCGCACGGUGAUGGCGCUAAGAAGAAGGGCAAAAAGUCUGAUGCAGUCACAGUGGAAAUGUUGCUUGCCUCAGUUAUCUCGGAUUACAAGAGCGCCCAGGUAGAAGUCGAAGAAGAGUGA